ACAACUCCUAUUCCCACCCAAACCAAACACAUUUCUCUCUUCUCUUCUCUUGCAAAAUACUCACUUCUCAGUCAAACACUUCAUUCAAACAUAUAAUUAACAAAAAUGGAUGGAUCAGGCAGUUGCAUAGACGAAAGCACCACCACCGAAUCACUCUCGAUUACCUUGUCCCCGGCGAUGAAACCGACAACUCCGCCGCCACCAAACAGCCUCUGCCGUGUCGGCAGCGGGGCAAGCGCGGUUGUGGAUCCUGAAGGAUCCGCCGGCGCCGGAGAAGCUGAAUCCCGGAAGCUCCCGUCGUCGAAAUACAAAGGCGUUGUGCCGCAGCCCAACGGGCGCUGGGGAGCGCAGAUUUACGAGAAGCACCAGCGCGUGUGGCUGGGGACAUUCAACGAGGAGGACGAGGCCGCCAGGGCCUACGACGUCGCCGCGCAAAGGUUCCGCGGCAAGGACGCCGUGACUAAUUUUAAGCCGCUCGCCGUCUCCGACGGCGGCGACUGCGGCGGCGACGAUGAUGAUGCUGAGGCUGAGUUUCUUAACUCGCACUCGAAAUCUGAGAUCGUCGACAUGCUGAGAAAGCAUACUUACAAUGACGAGCUGGAGCAGAGCAAGCGCAGCCGCGGACUCGUGGGCCGGAAACGCGCCGCCGGGGAAAAUUUAUCCGGUUCGGCGCAGGGCGCGUGUGUGAGGAAGGCGCGUGAGCCUCUGUUUGAGAAGGCAGUUACCCCGAGCGAUGUAGGGAAGCUGAACCGUUUGGUGAUACCGAAGCAGCAUGCGGAGAAGCACUUUCCGUUACAGAGCGUGGGCGUGGCCGGGGGCGUGGCGGGAAACGUGUCCGCGGCGGCGAAGGGGGUGCUUUUGAACUUUGAGGAUGUUGGAGGGAAAGUGUGGCGGUUUAGGUACUCGUAUUGGAAUAGUAGCCAGAGCUACGUGCUUACCAAAGGGUGGAGCCGGUUCGUUAAGGAGAAGUGCCUCAAAGCCGGUGACUCGGUUUGCUUCCAUCGGUCAACCGGGCCAGACAGACAGCUCUUCAUUGAUUUUAAGGUCAGGAGGACCAAUGCCAAUGAAACAGCUGUGCUGUUCGGCUCGGUCGGACCUGUAGUUGAGCCGGUCCAAAUGGUUCGGCUCUUCGGGGUUAACAUUUUGAAACUGCCCGGAUCAGAUGCUAAUGCUAAUAACAAUAAUAAUCACAAUGCUGCUGCUCCUAUGGCUGGGUGCUGCAAUGGCAAGAGGAAAGAAAUGGAACUGUUCACCUUUGAAUGUAUCAAGAAGCCUAAGAUCAUUGGAGCUUUGUAACAUUACGUUAAUUAGUUUCUGUUUUUCUUUGUUUUUUUUUUUAAAGUUUUGUGACUAUGAUGAAAAGAAGAAUGGGGGUGGAGAAUGGUGGUGUAGAUGCAAGUUGCAAAAGGUGAAUUGUAUAUUACUUAAUUAGAAGAAAAAGGAAGAAGCUCCUGAAAUUAGUUGUAACAACUGUACAAGGAAAAGAAGGUUAACUGUUUAUUAA